CAAAAUCUAGGGUACUUGACCCGUUGACCGGAUCUAAGCUAUUUAGGUUUCCCUCACUCCCCUUUUAACCAAACUUUAAGGCUUUCUGUCUCCUCAUCUCUUACAGUGACUCCUCUUCGAGUAGAUAUGGAAGUGGUUGCCUUCAGGUCAAUGGAGACGCAGACAAAACAGUCAUGGGCUUGUUCUGUCACUGAGACGCUUCUCUUCCUCGUUGGAAAGAAUCUGGCUUGUCUGCUCCUCGCGGCAGAAUCUUUGCUGAUUGGGUUGAUUGCUGAAGAUCAGAGGCUUUCUGUGAAGGAGGGCUUCAAAAAAGGACGCCGAGAUGAGGAAAACAAAGAUGGCAGCGACUCUGAUGAUGACGACGAUGAUGAUGACAACGCGGAUGAUGACGAUGAUGAUGAUGAUGAUGAUGAUGCUAAUGAUGAAGAUUUUUCAGGGGAUGAAGGAGAGGAAGCUGAUCCAGAGGAUGACCCGGUGACCAAUGGUGGAGGAGGAAGCGAUGAUGAUGAUGACAAGGAUGAUGAGAGUGAUGAUGAUGACGAUGAUGAUGAUGGAGAUGAGGACGAUGAGGACGAAGAUGAUGAUGAUGAGGAAGAUGACGAGGAUGUUCGCCAGCCCCCUGCUAAGAAGAGAAAAUGAAAACAUGAGAAAGAGAAGAGUGUUAAAGACUUGAAGAGGAUCAUCAUGUGUGUUGGUUUAAGUAGUGUAUGGGAAACUUAUGCUUCAUGUUGUUGUGUUACUAUUUGUUGUCGUGUGUGACUUUUGAACUUGGAUUUUAGUUAUCUUGUCUGCGUAGAAUAUUGGUCUCUUCUUUUU